AACCAACCGCAAAAUUUCUCGACAUGGCGUCUCCUCGACACCGCAAAACAACCUCUUCCCUUCCUCGAUACCGCGAAAUAACCUUACUCUCUUCCCCAAAAACAUCCCCUCCCACAGCAACUCCCACACACAUUCAAGAUGGUCUCCUUCAACUGCGAGUCCUGCAACGACGUGAUCAAGAAGCCCAAGCUUGACGCGCACCGCGGCCGUUGUCAUAACGCCGUCUUUUCGUGCAUUGACUGCUCCACCACGUUCCACGGAACAGAUUACCGCACCCACACCAGCUGUAUCUCUGAAGAACAAAAGUACCAGGGCGCGCUCUACCGUCCCGACAAGGGCAAGGGAAAGAAGGGCACCAACGCCAAGAAGGAGGACCCCGUUCCCGCUCCCGCCUCUGUCGCCGUUGUCAUCGAGAUCAAGGACGCCGAGAUGGAGGACGCCGAGCCUGUUGUCGAGGAGGCUCCCAAGAAGGCCAAGAAGGAAAAGAAGGCCAAGAAGGAGAAGGCUGUCAAGAAGGUCGAGGAGGUGGCACCCGUCGUCGAGGAAGAGGCUAAGGAGGAGGCCCCCAAGGUCGAAGCCCCGAAGGAGGACAAGGUCGAGAAGAAGUCUAAGAAGAGUAAGAAGGAAAAGGUUGAGAAGGUUCCUGUCGCUCUUGUUGCUCCUGUCGCUCCUAUCAUCGCGGCUGAGGCUGAGGCCGCGGCGCCCGUCGAGAAGAAGGACAAGAAAGACAAGAAGCGCAAGCUCAAUGCCGACGCCGAGACCGACCUUACGUCUGCUGCCACUUCCCAGGCUCCCGCUAAGAAGUCCAAGAAGGAGGGUGAGACUGACAAAGUCGAGUCCAAUGGAGUCACCAAGAAGGCCGUCCCCUCGCCUGCCGCCGCCGAGGCUUUUCUCGAGCAGAUCAAGACCGGACGCCCUCUGUCUUUCCAGAAGGCGAUCGCUCGCGUCGAGAAGGACCUUGGCGACAAGUUCAACUCCGAGGAACUGUUUUCCAUGCUCCGCCUCAAGCGCGAGAAGGAUGGUAGCAUUGUCAUCGCUGUUGCCAGUGCUAAGGAGGGGAAGAAAUGAUAGACGAUUUUAGAAGUUCAUCCAGAUUCUACAUAGUGUCGAGGGUCUGUUACCUGUAUGAUACCGGCUUGCAUUUGUUUGGGGUUCUGUGCGUGGAGUUUCGAUGGUGUUCUUACAAAAGUUUGGGUUUCUGUGGGAGAGUGUGCCUGUAUUUAAUGCCCCCCAUUGUUGUACCUAGCAAUUGAGUGUUGUUACC